AAUAUAUCAAAGAGAACUCAGAGUUAUAGUUGUAUUAAAAAAUUGAAGCUUUUAAACAAGAUAUAUCUCCCUCAUUAAGUAUUUUAUAGAAGAGAUGGUAAAAUCUGUAAAUCCCUUAAAUGACCAGUAUUUAGUGUUUAUAAGUAGGAUACGUAUUCCUCGCUCAAUGAUAAUACCCCAAAACAAAAUUGGAACUUUAGCCUUGUACCAGUUAUCAAGCUAAAUUUCAGUGAUAUUACGUGAGACUCACGUGUUUACAAUUACAAUGGCAUCAUCCGAUCAAACCAUGUCGGUGGACGAAAAGCUUAAAUUAAUUACCAGGAAUUUAGAUGAAGUUCUAGGAGAAGAUCAGUUAAGAAAAAUCGUCUCAGAGAGAGAUUUAAAUAUUUACUGGGGAACUGCUACAACCGGCAAGCCUCAUAUAGCUUAUUUUGUUCCUAUGUCGAAAGUGGCGGAUUUCCUUCGCGCUGGUUGUCAUGUCACUAUACUAUUUGCCGACUUGCAUGCUUAUCUAGAUAAUAUGAAAGCUCCUUGGGAACUAUUGAAGCUUAGAACUGAAUAUUACGAAAAUAUAAUUAAAUCUAUGCUAAAAUCUAUUAACGUUCCACUUGAAAAGUUAAAAUUUGUUAGGGGAACUGAUUAUCAGUUAAAGCAAGAUUACACACUAGACGUUUAUCGAUUAUCAUCAAUGGUUACUGAACAUGAUGCAAAAAAAGCUGGAGCUGAAGUUGUCAAACAAGUAGAUCAUCCACUACUAAGCGGUUUACUAUAUCCUGGCCUUCAGGCUCUUGAUGAGGAAUACCUUAAAGUAGACGCUCAAUUCGGAGGAGUUGAUCAACGAAAAAUUUUCACCUAUGCUGAAAAAUAUUUACCAAAAUUGGGAUACAAAAAGAGAAUACAUCUGAUGAAUCCAAUGGUACCUGGAUUAAUGGGAGCAAAGAUGAGUUCAUCAGUUGCAGAUUCGAAAAUUGAUUUAUUAGAUAGCGAAGGAGACGUUAACAAGAAAAUUAAGCAAGCUUUUUGCGAGCCUGGAAACAUCGAAAAUAAUGGACUACUAGCCUUUGCGAAGCACGUAAUUUUGCCUUUGUUAGGCGAAAAACCCUUCGAAGUAGAGAGAAAGCAAGAGUAUGGUGGAAAUAUUCAAUUCACCGUUUUUGAAGACCUUCAAAAAGCCUUCAAAGAAGAACAAAUCCAUCCCGGCGAUUUGAAAUCAGCUGUUAAGAAAUACAUUAACGAAAUGUUGAAUCCUAUUCGCCAAGAAUUCCAGUCAAAAGAAUUAAAAAAUCUAACAAGUAAAGCAUAUCCCAAGGAACAACCGAAAGCAGCAAAUGAAAUCGAACCUUCUAGAUUGGAUUUAAGAAUAGGAAAGAUUACAGAAAUAAAUAUGCAUCCGGACGCUGAGAGUCUAUACGUUGAAAAAGUUGACUUGGGCAAUGGUGAAGUAAGAACAGUUGUGAGUGGUCUAGCUGGAUUAGUCAAAAUGGAAGAUUUAAAAGAUAGUCUCGGAGUUUUCUUGUGCAAUUUGAAGCCAACAAAAAUGAGAGGCGUUGAAUCAAGUGCCAUGCUUCUUUGCGCUUCUGUCAAUGAACCAGAAAGAAAAGUUGAAGCAUUAAUUCCACCUGAAAAUAGCCAGCCAGGUGAUAGAGUAGUAUUUGAAAAAUAUGAGAAAGGACAACCUGAUGAAAGACUAAAUCCAAAAAAGAAAAUCUGGGAAACCCUAGCUACGGAUCUUGUUACAAAUAGCGAUGGUGAAGCCGAAUGGAAGGGUAACGCUAUGCUUACAUCAAAUGGUAAAAUAUCAGUAAAAAAUCUAAAAAAUGCUCCAAUUAAAUAGGCUUUUAUUCUCGGAAUAAACAUCUUCAUCUAUGUGAAUUUAUUUUUGAGAUUCUAUUUUAAAAGUUGUUCGUCUCUUUGUUAAAGUUACAGAAAAAGCAUAUUUAUCUACUUACACAGUAU